CCUGAAGUCACCCAAAAGCAAGCAAAUCGUCUGAUAUGGCUGUUGACUCUCAGCGCGGGACUGAGCGGGCUACUGUUUGGUUAUGAUACUGGCGUCAUAAGCUCUACCCUUGUCUCGAUACAUGAGGAUCUGGGACAUCCAUUAACCACGUUUGACUUGUCUGCUAUCACGAGCAGUACUUCGUUACUCGCUUUACUGGCAUCGCCCCUGGCAGGACACUUUGCCGAUGUUGUCGGUCGCCGACCCGUGAUUGCAGCAGCAUGUGGGCUGUUCAUCUUUGGAGCCCUAUUUCAAUCUGCUGCGACCAAUGUGUGGACUAUGGUCCUAGGUCGGUCUGUUGUCGGUGCUGCUGUAGGUGCAGCUAGCGCUGUGGUACCGCUGUAUAUCGCAGAAAUCGCGCCAGCAGACCGAAGAGGACAACUUGUAUCUGUCCAGAGUCUGUUCAUUACAGGAGGCCAGGUCGUAGCCUACGUCGCUGGCUGGGCAGUUAUGGGACGCUGGCGCUGGUCUGUUGGCUUUGGAAGUGUUCCCGCUCUGAUACAGGCCGCUCUGCUCGUUGGUAUGCCUGAAUCGCCCCGCUGGUUGGUCUUGAAAGGCAGGGACGACGAAGCCGCUGCAGUGUUUACCCGACUCGGCCAUGAUGACUGCGAUCACAUUGUUGCGCAGGUCAAGCACGAAGUUAAAGAAGAACAACUUAGUGCCAGUGGAAGCAUGUUCAAGGAGCUCGUCACUGUCCCAGCUAAUCGACGUGCCCUGACUAUUGCUGCAGGACUCCAAGCUCUGCAACAAUUAUCUGGGUUCAAUUCUUUGAUGUACUUCAGCGCUACCAUAUUCGCCUUGGUUGGAUUCACCUCCCCCAUCGGAACAUCGCUGUCGAUAUCGGUCUCUAACUUUGUGUUUACUCUCCUGGCAUUCGCAAUCAUCGACAGAGUGGGUCGCCGUCGCAUACUCCUCUACUCAAUUCCAUUUAUGAUUCUUGGACUCGGCAGCUGCGCUUUGGCAUUCAUGCAUAUCGAUGCUUCACCAUCAGACUCAGUGUCGCCUUCAGAUACAUCAGCUGAAGCUUCAGGUCCUUGGUCAUUAGUCCUUCUCUUCUCACUCAUCUUCUAUGUGGCUGCGUAUGCAAGUGGUCUAGGUUGUGUCCCAUGGCAACAAAGCGAGCUAUUCAGUCUUUCUGUGAGAAGUAUGGGCUCUGGUCUGGCGACUGCAACAAACUGGACCAGCAAUUUCAUCGUCGGAGCUACGUUCUUGCCUAUGAUGCAUGCACUUGGGCCUAGUGCCACUUUCCUUGUGUACGUGUUUAUCUGCUUGGUCGGAUACAUUUGGGUGUUCAGGUGCUAUCCAGAGACGAAAAAUCUUGAGCUUGAACAAGUCAAGAAAUUGUUGGAGAAUGGGUGGGGUGUU